AUGCCACACUCACACAUGGAUGAGUGGAAGCCGGUGAUGGCAAUGCUGGUCUUCAACCUCAUCUCUGCUGUGCUGACAGCGCUGGUGAAGAAGGCGCUGGAGCAAGGGCUCAACGCCCUCGUCCUCAUCACUCUUCGCCAGUUGGUCGCUACUCUCUUCCUAGCGCCAAUAGCCUACUUCAAAGAACGGAACACAAGGCCUAAGUUCACGCUAGAGAUCUUUGUGUACCACUUCUUCAGUGCAGCGCUUGGUGCUUCCCUCUCGCAGUACAGCUUCUUCUACGGGCUCAAGUUCACAACUGCGACGUUUGCCAUAACAUUUGCCAACAUGGCUCCUGUCCUCACCUUCCUCAUUGCCAUAGCUCUACGGGUGGAGUCGCUCAACAUGAAGAGCAAAGCAGGGUGUGCAAAGAUCCUUGGGACGCUCAUGUCGCUCGGUGGAAUGCUGCUGCUGAGCCUCUACAAGGGUGUGGCCGUGACACACCAGAGCAGCGGCACUCCUCCUGCUGCUGCUUCCUCUCAGCAAGUACAAGUAGAAGCAGGCAACGACGACAAGAAGAUUUGGAUGCUGGGAACUGUAGCGUUACUGGCAAACUGCCUCUUCUUCUCCCUGUGGCUGCUGCUGCAAAGCAGGCUGACGAAGAAGUACCCAGCCCUCUACUCCAGCACCGCCUUCAUGUUCUUCAUCAGCACGCUGCAGGCAGGAGCGCUGACGGUGACGAUAGAGAGGCACGCAUCGGUUUGGAUCAUCACAAAGAAGCUGGAGAUCGUCACAAUAUUGUAUUCGGGAAUCAUAGCGUCUGCAGCAGGCUUCCUGCUAAUGACCUGGUGCGUCCAUAAGAGGGGUCCAGUUUUCACUGCAGCCUUCAUCCCCAUCGUCCAGAUCAUGGUGGCCGUUAUCGAUUUCUUCUUCCUCCAUGAGCAACUAUAUCUUGGCAGCGUUCUAGGAUCCGUGCUGAUGAUAUUUGGGCUCUACCUUCUGCUGUGGGGAAAGAAGGUGGAUGCCGCGGCGGCAUGCUGUAGUACAGAUAGCAAACAUCAAGCAGAUGAUGAAGAGGCCGACAUCAACAAUAAUAAGGAGCAACUAGUAGUGUGA